CUCAAUCCUCCUUUUUAAUAACAAAGAUGGCCACCAUCUCUCACAUCCGCAAGAACGGAGAUGCAAUUCCGGUGGCCGCCGGUCAUGAUCUCCGACGACAGACAGUGUGUGUGACUGGUGCUGGCGGGUUCAUCGGGUCAUGGCUUGUGAAACUUCUACUUCUCAAGGGAUACAAUGUUAGAGGGACAGUCCGGAACAUAGAGGAUCCAAAGAACUUGCAUUUGAAAGGAUUGGAAGGAGCUGAGGAAAGACUGACAUUGUACAAAGCCGAUGUGUUGGACUAUGAAAGCGUUUGUUUGGCGUUCGACUGCUGUGAUGGAGUCUUUCAUGUUGCUUCUCCGGUGACCAAUGACCCGGAGAAGGUGAAAGAUGCCGUGGAAGGCACAAUGAACGCAGUUAGUGCGGCUGUGAAAGCCGGUGUAGGUCGGUUUGUCUUCACUUCUUCAAUAGGAGCUGUUCACAUGAACCCUAACAGAAGCUCGGACGCCGUCUUGGAUGAAAAUUGCUGGAGUGAUCUUGAUUACUGCAAGAAAACAGACAAUUGGUAUUGCUAUGGAAAAAUGGUGGCAGAGCUUAAUGCAGUAGACAUAGCCAACAAAAGAGGGUUAGAUUUAGUAGUGGUGGUACCUCCACCAACAGUAGGACCAAUGUUGCAAUCCACAUUGAAUGCAAGUUGCUUUAGGGUUCUCACCUACAUGAGAGGGGCCAAAAAGGCAUACCCUAAUGCAGUCUGGGGCUUAGUUGAUGUUAGAGACGUUGCUCAAGCUCACAUACUUGUUUAUGAAAACCCUAAUGCUUAUGGCCGAUACUUUUGCAUCGCGACGGUAGUUCACCGAGCUACGUUUGUUGGAAUGCUUUCAGAGUUGUUUCCGGAGUAUCCCAUCACUACUGAGUGUGAAGAUAAGAUAAACCCAAGGGUUAAGCCUUACAAAUUUUCAAACCAAAGACUCCAAGAACUUGGACUAGAGUAUACUCUAAUAAAGGAAAGCCUGUAUGAAACAGUGAAGAGCUUGAAACAGAAGGGCCACCUCCCUCCUGCUCGGAUGUGCCAAAUGCCACCAAAAAUUACCCCUUCUAUGUGAAAACAUAUUUUCCAUCCAGUGUUAUUUAUAUGUCUUUUUAAUUUGUACUCGAAUAUACUCCAAUAAAGAAAAGCCUAUAUGAAACAGUGAAGAGCUUGAAAAAGAAGGGCCAUCUCCCUCCUACCUACAUGUGCCAAAUGCCACCAAAAAUUACCGAUUCUAUCUGAAAACAUGUACUCCCUAUGGUGUUAUCUAUAUGUCUUUUUAAUUUGUAGUAGAGUAUACUCCAAUAAAGAAAAGUCUAUAUGAAACAGUGAAUAGAUUGAAAGAGAAGGGCCACCUCCCUCUCGCCCACAUGUGCCAAAUGCCACACAAAAUUACCGCUUCUAUCUGAAAACAUGUACUCCCUCCAGUGUUAUUUAUAUGUUUUUUAAUUUGUACUAGAGUAUACUCCAAUAAAGAAA